AUGAAUCAAAGUGGAAUUGAAGCAACACCCGGACUGGCCCAGAAACUACACUCGUUCGGCCGAGGACUGAUCGUCAAGAUACAGGACGAAAAGCUCGAACACACACACGAGAUCGACGACUCGCACACAUUCGAAAGCGGCUUCGAGGAGGCUCGAGCCAAGCUGUCCGACAGAGAAGCAGCAUACCUGCUGUACCGAAACAACGACGAGAUUCUGGUCAUCACCUACGUGCCUGAUGACGCCAAGGUGCGCCAGAAAAUGCUGUACGCCUCGUCCAAGCAGGCUCUUACCCGAGAACUCGGUGCUUCCAAUCCGGUUGAUCUGUUCGUGACCGAGCUCGAAGACAUCUCUGAGAAGGGCUACAAGUCGCACGUUCGACACGCCAACCUGGGAGCUCCCCUGACCCGAGAGGAGGAGAGCCUCAAGUUCGUCAAGGAGAACGAGGCCGGCGUUGCCCAGAGCCACUCCGUCAACAUCACACACUCCAAGGGUAUCGAGAUGAAGCAUGCGGCCGACUUUGACGACAAGCUCGCUUCUUUCGAGUCUGCCUCCGAGGGCGCCAUUCUGCCCUUCACCAUCGACGUGAGCAACGAGGAGGUCAUUCCUGGUUCCAUCUCGUCUGUCUCUGACUGGAGAGAGAUCAAGACUCCCGAAAGCCACCCUCAGUACACGCUGUACAAGUCUCCCUCCGGCGUGGUGUUCAUCUACACAUGUCCCUCGGGCUCCAAGAUCAAGGAGCGAAUGCUGUAUGCUGCGUCACGACGGGUUCUUCUCAGCAACAUUGAGAAGAACAUCACCGUGGCCAAGACAGUCGACGUUGGGGACGAAGAUCUUGACCUUGAUGAGGUUGUAGCCGAGAAGAAGGAGACAGCCAAGGGCGGUCUUCGAUUCAAGCGUCCCACCCGACCCGGUAGAUAA